AUGACGAUUCACCUGCUAAGGAUAUCAGCUUGGAAUGUGGACGGGGCCAUGUACCGCCUCGGCUCUGCCAAGCUGGAGCAAGUCGAGCAGGCCCUGCUUUCCAUGCGCAAGCAGCUGAGAAACGCCCGUGCGCGGCAAGCUGGAAGGGAAGCAUCGCCCAACGCCACCGUGCGGUCCAAGUGGCUCCAGGAGGGAGCUGCACUUCACCGUGACACUACAGCCAUUGCCAGAUCGCUGCUGGGCUGGAAGGCGAACCUGCCCGAAGAGCCUGCUCUCAUCGACUUGGAGAUGAAGAGGCUGCUCAAGGAAGCCAUUUCCUGCAAGAAGGCCGUCAAGCUUGAGCAGUUCCACGUGGAAUCCCAGGUUGUGGAGUUCGACAAGACCCUUGCUUGUGCCCAGAUUCUCCUGAAGAUCCGUCAGGCCGCAGAGGAGUAUUUGGAAGCAGCGAAGGAGCAAGUGGGCCAUGUGAGCACUGCGACGGAGCUCACUGAAGGCUAUUUGUCCCAGUGCAGCGCCGACUUCUUGGAGGUGCAGGUAGCGGCGAAACGUGCCAUGCAAUCGGGCCAUCGAGCAGCGAAAGCGGCACGCAGAGCGCUGAAGGAGGUUACUCAGCAGGUUGGGCUCCUGGCAGACAUAAUGGUCGACGGUGGUCUGGUCCGCUAUGCACUGCAAGCAGCAGCAACAGCAGCAGCUGAGUCCAAUGCAGACAAGCCGCAUCCGGGGGACGAGUCCACGACGGAGAGCUUUGAUGGAGUGCCGGAUGUCCCUGUGCAGCGGGGGUAUGAAUCGAAGAUCGUUCUCCAGCAGUUCCAGGCUACGAUCUCUCGGACGGCACAGAAGCGCGCGAGAGGGCAGGUAUCUACACUGCUCCAGAUGCCCGAGCUGUUCCACGUCCUACACCUGAGCAUGUUGACCCAGCUGGCAGAGUGGAUGCCACCAGUGCUGCCAAAAGCUCAGGCGGCCUUCAAACUGGCGCUUCACCUGCAUCAUCGCCACGACAUGCAUGGCUUGGCGCGCAGUGGUGGCCAGGAUGCACGGCUCAUGCAGUCAGCCUGGCAGCGUCUCAAUGCUGAACUUCAAGAGAUGGCUGGAGAAAGCCGCGUGCUUCAUACUGCGCUGGGCGCAUUGUUUGCCCAGCAGAUGAAUGAAGUGCUGACGUUAGCAGCACCAGCACCCGAAAACUGCACUCGGAUUGGCCAGGAGGGCUGGAUGCUGUGGGCUGCCACGCCUUCGGACCCGACAGUUUCUCUGCUUAAGGUUCCUCUUGGCUUCUACGAUAUGAUGUUGUGA